UUCCCUCCGUGUAGCGGACAUUUGCACCACAAUCUCCCUGAUAUUCAUACCGUAGCUUGUCGAAUUUGCGCUGUCAUUACGCGCUUUAGCUCCGUUAUCGUUAGCUUGCAGGCUAACGUCAAGGAAGACCGGGGUGAUGCUAGCUAAUGUCAGCGAUGGAAAGGCAGCCUGCAACAGCCAAGUGGUACGACAGACGAGACGCUGUUUUUGUAGACUUCUGCGUGGAGGACAGUAAAAAUGUGAAAGUAAAUUUUGAAAACUCCAAAUUUGAUUUUGGCUGUGUCGGUGGAACAGAUAAUAUCAAACAACAGAAUACAGUGGACCUUUUUGGGGAGAUUAACCCCAAAGACUCCAAAUACAGACGAACUGACCGGUCUGUAUUGGUAUGUUUACGAAAAGUAGAGCCUGGGAAGGCAUGGCCGCGACUUACUAAAGACAAGACAAAGUGCAACUGGCUGAGUGUGGACUUUAAUAAUUGGAAAGACUGGGAGGAUGACUCAGACGAGGAUCUGUCAAGUUUUGACAAAUUCUCCGAGAUGAUGAAUACAAUGGGAAGGGAUGAUGUACCUGAUUUUGAUGGUGCAGGAGAAGAGCAUGAUUUUGAAAACAGCGAUGAUGAACAAAUGCCUGCCCUUGAGUAAAUACAAAUAGGUGCCACGUCAAUGAGUUGUUGAAGAGACCUCCGCUCCUUAAUGAAGUGACUGUUGAAUACACAGACAUGCACAGAGAUCCAUGGUGACAUAAAGUGCUGUUCUGUUCUGCAUGGACAAUUCUGUUCUACUGAAAAUGUUCUUGUUUGUUGACUUAAAUGACUGUACUGGGAUGCACUGAUGUCUUACACCUUUUUUCUUUUUUGCAAUCACAGAUAUAUUGAACGUUGUGAUUUCUAACAAAGAAAAUGAAAUGCUCUAAAUGCCUAUUUUCCAAAAAAGUAGAAUUUUAUUAAUGACCAUUUUCCCCUUUUAACGUUUGUUUUGUUAAUUUAGCAAGCAGGAGUUCUGCUGGAAAUGUGUUUUUUUAUGUUUGCCAAGUUUUUGAUAUUCCAACAUUUAAAAUAAACAUGCUUGUGCUCAUAAUUUAAAGUUUAUUUUCCGAUUUAUGAUACCUCCAUUAAGGUGAGUUAGUGUCUCUAUGCCAGUGUACAAAUGAUUGUAGCAGGUAAACAGAUUACAUGUCUUCCACUGGCAUACUGACGUCUCCCAAGAGUUUCCCUCAAAUGUUAAAUGAAGUUUCUAAAUGUUUGUCAAUUGUAUACACCAAAGCUAUGCUUUGGAGGUGUUUGUGUUUGAUUCAACACAUGUUCAUCUUUUGAUGCUGUGUGAGUUUGGGUAUACAUUUUUAAUAAAUUCUUUCAGACUGUUGAA